AUGAACGCGGACGGCGGCGUCGACCCCGCGCACGAGGUGGUCGUCGGCGGCCCCGGCUCCCCCGCGUUCGUCGGCUCCGUGUACUACGUCGCCGGCGCGGACGACGUCCCCGUGCCGGAGUGGCCGCCGCAGCUCCCUCGCGCGGGCAUCCUCCCUUCGUCGUCGUCGUCGUCGUCGACGACGAAGACGUCGACGACGACGUCGUCGACUUCCGCGCCGCCGCCGCGGACGUCCAAAUCGCUCGGCGCGAGCGCGUACUUCCUCUCGAAAGACCUCGCGGAGCGAUGGCGCGACGUCAUCCGACGCCCGAUGGGACUGCGGUACUGUCAACGCCGACGGCUGUUCCGACCGUCGGACAUCCCGCUCGGGGUGGUCGAGGUGCGGCGAUGCUCCAUGGGAGAGGCGUUCGGGAAACUGUGCGUGGGGUGGGGGAACCCCGUGCUCGCGACCAAGAUGGGGUUCAGCGCGGACGACGUCCAGAUGGAGCUCGCGUCCGCGCUCGUGCAGGGGUGGGGCGCGGGCGAGGCGAACGACGCGAAGAAGCGGACGAAGACGAAGACGGGGGAUGAAGACGCGGCCGCCGCCGCCGCCGCUGCCGCCGCCGCCUCCGACGCGGUCGAAACCGCGCAGCCGCCGCGAGCGAGGACGCGCCGACGGCGUAAGGUCGUCGGCGAAGGCCUCUCGAACGCGCUCUGCGCGCUGCUGACCGGGUACCGGUUCAACGCGAUGAAAGCUCCGACGGCGGCGGAGGGAGAAGACCCAGCCGCGCCGCCGCCGCCGCCGCCGCCGCCGCCGUCGGAGAACCCCGUGCGCGAGGGCGCGUUCAUCGCGCGCGAGAUCGACGAGUGGAUCGCGGAGAUGAAGCAUAAAACGACGAAAGAGAAGGAGAAGGACGACGCGGGCGGCGGACCUCUGUUCGAGGCUGGGGACGUCAGGACCGGCGUCGCCGUCGCCGCGGACGGAUCCGUCGCCACGUUUCGAAGAGCGGUGAACUUUUUGACGCGGCGGCGUCGACGCGGCGACGUCGACGCGGGGCCCGACGCGCGUCCGAGCGGCGACCUCUUCACGUCCCCCCCGAGAUGGCGCGCGCCCGCGUCGAUCGACGACGGCGACGGCGACGGCGACGGCGAGUACACCCCCGACGAGUACGACAAGUUACUCGCCGCGUACGCCGACGCGCACGACGGUUGGAAAGAUCCGGAGCACGUCGUCGACAAGCCGGUGUUUUCGUCGUCUAUGAUCCAAGUCAUCGUCCCGAUGCCCGCGGACGCGAUGGCCGCGAACCUCGCGAUGCUGUCCGCGUCGUCGAAGAAGCCGGAAGAGCUCCUCGCGGGCUACGGCGACGACGGCGGCGCGGGCACGAUCGGCGCGAUGUACCGGCCGUGGUUUUUCAACUUGGACGAUCUCACCGCGAUGUUGCACAAGGCGAUGGAGAGCGAGGCGCGAACGCGCGCGGCGCGGAAUAAGCAGCGCAGGGAGAAGAUCAAAAAGACGCUCGCGCAGAUGGUGACCGCGCUGGCGAACACGCGCGCGAACCCGAAGCUCGGCGGGUGGGCCGCGCCGGGGCUGAGCCCGACGGGCGGCGGCGGCGGCGGCGGCGGCGGCGGCGGGAGAGCCUCCGGCGGCGGCGCGGGAUUCUUCAAGCCCGGAUCCGACGGCGACGACGACGACGAAGGCCAGGGCGAGUACUCGGACGACAUGGACGAGGACAACGAGCACUUGCACGACGACGAUCUCAUGAAGGAGUACAUGAAGGAGAUGGCGAAGGACGGCGGCGCGGAGGACAUGAUCGGCGCGUGGGCGAGCGCGGUGCAAAACGCGAACCGACGGCAAGACGUCGACGGCGUCCCGAUGCCCGUCGCGGACAAAGACAAGCCGAUGAUCAACCUCUCCCCCGCCGCGCACUUCGCGCUCGUCGCGGGCGUGACCGCGUAUUUCGGCUGGUCGUGCGCGUGCGACGUCAUCGGCGCCAAGUUCGACGAGUUCCUCUGUCGGACGUACCUCGGGAGAGUCGCGUUGACGUCGGACACGCCGUACGCGGUGAGACUGCUUCCCAUACGACCCCGUUCGCGAUGUGAACGCCGUUUCUUAAGGACUUUCCCCGUCCGUCGCGUCGUCACUCUUCACCCGCGCUUCCCUUUCAACGUUUGUUUGACCGGUGAGACGUUCGACUGA